AUGGCCUCAAUUUCAAUGGCUUCGCCGUCGGCCGCCGCCGCCCCGAAGAACCGGCAGCCGUUUCUGGGCUCCGGCGCAUUCUUCAAUCCCCCUCGCCUGAGUAAAUUAAUUCCAGUUAGGGUUACGAAGGCGCAAUCGAAGCUCCGGAUCGAAGCCUCCUUGAAGGAGGCGGCUGUCGGGAAAAUAGCGGCGGUGGCUGUGGCGGCGUCGAUGGCGGUGCCGGAAGUGGCGCAGGCGGCGGAGACGCUGACGCCGUCCCUGAAGAACUUCCUGCUGAGCAUAGCGGCCGGCGGCGUGGUGCUGGUUGUUAUCGCCGGUGCGGUUGUUGGGGUCUCCAACUUCGAUCCGGUUAAGAGGAGUUAA